CAUUAAGCAGCAUUGCUUUACCGAGAUGACUGCCUGUGGACUGCACUGAGUUUGAAUUGUGCAGCUAAGGGAUAAAAACAUAUGAAAACAAAGUCACUCAGAACCUUGAGAAUCCAUGAGGACAUAAAAGAGAGUGCGUAAAACUAACUCAUUUGGAGCCAAGACUUGCAGCAGGAUCAUACAAAGACUGAGAUGGAUGUAAUGAUGUGGAAACGCUGACCCCCUUUUUGAAUUAUCAGACUUUUGAGUCGACCAGUCAAGGAAUGGGGAGACGAGCAGCUGACCUGACGACUUCGGUUCCGGUUUUAGGAGUCCCUGCCUUGGUUGGCGUGCGUGGUUGGAAGGCAACAGGAGGAGACAGAUCCGGAGGAGCCCUGUGGGGACUUCAGUGCAGUGUUGGUGUUCAGACAUCCCCUGCGAUAAGUAGACCUCCUACCCAGCUAACUGAUACACUCUCAGAUAACAUUAGUCAAACAUCCAACAGCUAUAUUACCAAGGAAACGGAAGACAAGGAGAUACUGCUAACAAAGAGUGACAAGGAGAAAAAGGCUAUUCUAAAACAGAAAAGUGGCGAAUCCAAGACCAAAAAGGAAGUGACUUUCAAAGCACUUGGAGGUGAGGCCUCAAAGGAUGUGGCCUGCUGUCAGAGGAACAGUAGAGGGACUUAUUGCUAUACCAGGGCAAUCAAGACAAAUCCACACAUUGCAGGGAAUGCCAGGUCUAAUUGUAAAUCUGGUAACCGUUACACUAAUGGCAGUGUGGUUGACUCAGAGGCAAUCGGUGGGAUUACCGUACACAAUGAUGAGGCCGAGCCUGUAAAGGGAGCAACCUGUCGUGGAGGAGACCGGACCAGAUUGCAAGGUCAUUAUACAGAUUUGUGUAGGAAGACGCUGCCAUUAUCUGCUGCCCGACCUUUUGGUAUGCCUCAAAAAAUAUGCAACCACUGUGGAGGGAGACAGUCUGUAACCAACAAAGCUGCUAUUAUAGGGGAGAAAAUUCCUACUCCCAAUGCUUUCCUUAGAGGGAACUCUUUAAACUCAUCCUUCACCUCACUCUCGACCUCUACGCCUUUCCAAAUAUCCCACACUGAAAAAAACCCUACGGCAAACCAACAACUCUCCGACAGCAUUAAUAAUACUGACAACAGGACCCAAAUUACAGUCAAUCCGCAAUUAUUAUACGUUAAUGAGGAACUAAGGUAUCGAAAAACACCACACCCUGCAUGCCCGGUCCACUCUAUAGGCAAUCAAGUCACUUUGUCAAAUAUAAAUCCUGCCAGAAGUGAAACAUCAAUCCAACCUACAACUGUCCUACAUGCUAAAACCAUCACUAUCACAAAAGCAACAAUAGAAACCAGACAGGAUGUUUCCAGUGAAAAAUUUGGUGCCAAACCUCCACAGGACCAUAAGCUCUCUCGUCCAAUAACUCUCCCUUUGACCCCCAAGUUGGCCAUAGCUACCAAGGCCAACAACCCACAUUCGCACACUUACCCCAAGCGCAUUAAGACAACACAACACAUUUCUACACAAUACAAUGAAUCUCAAAAUGUAUGUGUGUCUAUACAUGCUGCACCUGAGAUUACACUGUCACCACCUUCGCAUUUCUAUACUGUAGCCACAGGGACUGGAAAUACAUCCAGUACCAACACACUCAUAUCAACCACAGUUUUUAAUUCUGCACCAACGUCCACUGAAAGCAUAGCUGCUAAAGUCAAUACUCAGCACAAGCCUGUCCACCGCAUGCUCUACUUGAACAUCAUAAACUACAAGAAAAGGGAUCCACAGUAG